CGAGCUACUCGGGACCGGUGAUCGGAGUCAGUUUUCGAUGCAACCAGCUCACAUCAACACAGCUCGCUAAAAAUGAAGCCCGCAGUUGAAAUUCUUAUUGUUUUUUUGCUUAUUGUGGUGGCUGGAAUUUGUGCUCAGGAUACAAAGCCGGAAAUUCCAAUAGAUUUUCCGCCAGACGAUUGGUAUCAGACAGAUUCAGAAACAGAAUCCCCUUCAGCUCUAACAACAGAGCCCUCCACAAUUUUACCAACAGAGCCAAGCUCAUCCACAGAACCUUCCACAACUUUAAAUACAGAAUCCUCAUCAGCUGAGCGCACCACAACUUCAACAACAGAAGCCACCACAACUUCAACAACAGAACCCACUACAACUUCAACAGCAGAACCAUCUACAACUUCAACAACAGAACCCACCACAACUUCAACAACGGAAUCAACCACAACUUCAACAACAGAACCCACUACAACAUCAACAACAGAUUCCACCACAACCACAACAACCGAAUCAACCACAACCACAUCAACGGAAUCAACCACAAGUUCAACAGCAGAGAACACUACUCCUUCAUCAACACAACCCAUUCCAACUCCGACCUUCACACCUCCCGUUAUGCGACCUACAACUUCAAGGCGACCCACUUACUCUACCAAGAACCCUUGGAUGUGGAACGAUUUGGUAGAAAAGUGUUAUCUCAAAAACGAAUACGAGUACAGAAUGGUUUGUUAUGGAGAAGGCUGGCGAAUGACGACGAUCUGUUAUCGCUGCUGCUACUACGAGAACAGUGGUUUUGCCGGAUGCAGUAAGCUUCACCAGGGGCGUUGUUCGUGGUAUGAUUAUAGACGAUGGUAAAAACCUACCUCACAUGCCCUUUAAACGGUUAUAUUAAAAAUUUAGUUACAAUAAAAGUUAAACAAAAUUGUUUAGUUUUAAAUCUUUCAGAAUAGAGGUGACGUCCUCGUUUUAAUGGCUAUACAAAAUAGCUGCCUUAUUUACACAGGAAUAAAGAAACUAAGUCAUCUGA